GAGGCUGAUUCAUAAUGACUGCCACGUGGAAAAUGACACCCAUAACAUCUUAAAUUUUCAAUGGAUAGAAAAAGGCGUGGGUAUACGGAUAAAAAGUCCGCCGUCAUGAUUUCACUGCCAUCGCCAUUUUCAAAGGACGAUUCGUCGUCGUAUUUCAACAUGAAAAACAUCAACACAGUGUUUGGCGUCAAGCAUGCUAGAGUUGCAUUGAUUUUUGUCGUUAUACUGUUUCUUGCAGCUUGUGUCUAUCUUAGUUUCAGUCCUUCCAAUGAUGACCGUUUUCGUAUACCAAAAGGCAAGUGUCCAAAGCUUUCCUUCCGCCCAAGAGAUGAUGUGCAAGUGGAACCAUUCAGAAUUGAUCUCAAAAGUCAGGACUGGAUAACUAAAGAGUGUUUUAAUGGAAACCCUCCAACUGAUGUUGACAAUAUUUUUAGCUCACUUCAUAUCUGGGCACAAAGUAUGGACUCCAUUUGUAGGAAACUAUUUAAUGAUUUUGGUUCAGUGUAUCAAGUGAGAGAAAAAACUGCUGAAGUCACAUUGAGUGAAACAUUCAUGGUCAAGGUUAAAGGUUGGCUAAAAGAUAAUGCAGAGCUGAUUGAAAAAACAAAGAAACAGACUCUGGUGUUCGUAGAUAACCUGUACACACAGGAGUCAGUUGUUUUUAAUUCUGUGAGAUCAAGAAGACCAGGGGCUUCUGGUGGAGACAGCACAGACCUAUUAAAAGACAUGCUAGAAAAAAGUGCAAAAGAUUGUGACUUUUGUAAAUUCAAAGAAAUGACAGCUCAAGACAGUUUUGGUAUCUUGGAGUCGAAGCAUGCAGCAAUUGUUUCCAAUGCAUUCAAAAUUGAAAAGUUUCAUGGAAUGAUUCUUCUAAAGCAACAUGACCCUUCUCAAUUUACCUUGACACAGUUUCUAGAUGCCAUGAGCCUGGCCUCCAAGUGGUACGAUAAAGUGCACAGCCUUGUUCCUGACUAUAAUUUCCGCCACAUGUAUUGGGAUGUUUAUCCCCGUGCAAGUGCCAGCCAGGUUCAUCCGCAUUUGCACAUCUUGCUGGGAAAUGGAGAAUAUUAUGCAAAAUGGAAUCACCUUCACAUUUCUGCUUUGCGAUACCCUCACCGUAAUUACGGUGCAAAUUAUUGGCAAGUCAUGGUAGAGGCACACCAUUCCAUUGGCCUAGCUGUUCAAUUUGGUGAUGCUGUCGCCUUGGGAUAUAUUACGCCGCAAAAGGACUAUUGCACUUUUGUCAUUAGUCGAAAGCCUGGGUUGGACUUUUUUAAAAUGGUUUAUUUUGUAUAUAAAGCGUUCAUUGAAGAUCUAAAGUUGUAUGCAUAUAGUUCGGGUUUUGUUUUCCCAAAGAUGAAAACUAAACCAGAAAAUGAAGACAAAGAGCUUCCAGCAUUAUUUUCGAUCGUUUAUAGGGGAUCCCUCGCGGGGUCAAGAUCGGACAUAAGUUCCUUUGACCUUUUUGGGACUGCAAAUGUGAACUCCAGCCCCUACAAAGUUAUCGCAGCGAUCCGAUCUUCAGUAGAGAAGCGAAAAGAUGAAAAAUAUGAAAUAGAUGAAUUAGGAUUUCAAUAGCGGAAUAUUGCCAAAGGCAGUAGUAAGACGUUUGGAAAUGCAGUGAUUGGUUCCGUUUUGGUGACAGACACCGGAACUUUAGUUGAUCGUACCUCAGUAAUACAUCAAAGUAAGCUUUCACCUUUUUGUUUUGAUAAUAAUUUGUUUCCGCUGCGGCAUCGAACCCAGUCAACCCAAAUGCACAUCCAUAGCUUUUAAUGGAUGUGUUGAACUUUUCAAAGUCGUUGGUGGUUACUUUUAUGCUAAGUAAUUUGGUCCAUCCACCUUGAAGAUUUUUAUAGCGAUUAGUUUUCAAGAAAAUAUUGUAUAACAAUUUCAUAUUUUGGCAACCAAUUUAAGCAAUAGCAUUCAUGGUGUGUCAUAUUUUCCCUGUUGUAGUUGUAGCACCAUAUUGCGUUUAAGUACAUUAUACUCAAGGUCGUUAGAUAGCAUCAUCUAAUCAAAUGGAUUAAUACAUACCCUGGUUCGUUAAAUCUGCCAUGCCACAGCAGAACAAAACCUUGCCUGAAGUAGCAGAAGAAUCUCUCAGUCUGUAGUAACCGCUUGGAGAUAAAGGAUUUCUUAUUCGUACCCAUAAACAGCUUGUCUGUACAGCUAUAGAGGAGAAAGCUGCCAGAUUUAUAGUAAUGAUUGCCUUUACAAUGGGCUGUCUCUGAAAGGAAAUGAAUUAUUGUUUCUUAGCAAUUAUACGUUGCCCUCUUUUCUCGUGGAUUUAAACUUGAUUUUGGCAGUAAUUGUUCAAAAAUCCCUUUCAAAUACCUCGUAAACAAGUUCUAUAUGAUUUACACAUUUAUACCUAACACCAUUAAUGGUUGUAAAAACUUUGUAUAGUACUUUUUAGUAGACCUCUUCUAUGAGCAAAAACAAAUAUUUCAGGUAGUAACGACAACACUUCGAAGUAUUAAACGUACAUUUACAGUGUAAAAUUGGCUAUCUUGAAAACAUGGAAUGUGGAAUGUUGGAAUUUCGGAAAGCUGGAAUGUUGGAAUAUGAAUACAAGAAAUUUAGCUUUUGCAUGGUAGUACCUUCCUAUACGAUAAGCUACCAAUGUACCCAAACUAAUACAAAUAAUCUUGUAAGAAUGUAGAAAUAAAGGUUUUAGAAAAUACAUUCCAGCAUUCCAACAUUCCAUAUUUUUAAGAUAGCCGUGUAAAAUUGCUAGCUGUCGACUUUGAAUAUGUCAUAGUACGUGAUUUUAAGAACUGGUAUCUUCUGGAUGUCCCACGUUUUGUAGUAUCGGGAUACUGCCGAGUGAUACCUUAUUUUGAUACCAAGACAGCUGAUUCCUGUCACUAGAAAUGCAAGAUUUAUUACCAGAUUGUCAGAUGCUCCUCGCUAAAAAACAAUUAACAUGAUACUUGGAAUUUUAAGUUCACCUUCCUAAGGUCUUGUCAAGUAUCCAAAGAUUUGUCUGCAGAAUAAAGCUGUUGUGGAUAUCUAUUUUAGAAAUUCAUUAGAUAACUCGACUUGAUUUCUUGUCAUUUUCGCAAAUUCUUCCUUUUACCGCGACUAAAUGUUCUUUCAUCUACUUGUAAUACUGUGAGCAAAAAUAAUUUCAGCAGAAAGCGCAGAUCCUUAGCUACCAGAGUGUGUCUCAGAUUUUUCAAAUUACUCCUCCCCUUGAAACUGUACCCUGUCAAAAAUUGGCAAACAAUUUUUCUUCCCUCUCAUAGCUGUAUUGGGCUAUAAAAGACGGAUCAGAGCAAAUACAAAAAUUUUCAGACACUCUUUGCUUACCCGACAUCUGUCCUGGCCGUGUGCAAAUUUUUGAGUCAUUCGAUUGUUUCCUUGGGUACAAAAUAGCUUUUUCGUACCUAUAUGUAGAUGAAUUUUGAGUCUGGAGAAAACGGGAUUUUACUGAUCGCAUUUGCAAGGUACACUCGUAAACCACAGUGUAAUCCGGAUCAAGUCACUUGUAGCUUUAAGAUCAAUAAGCCUUUUAAAUAAACACAGAUGGGAUACAUGGAUGUGCCAUGCGAUGUUAAAAAUGAGACAUGCCAACACAACCGCAAAGCAACAACAAUAAUGGCUUAACAGGUCAAAAGAUUUUCAGACCUUAACUAAAAGUUUUGAUAAAGAAAUUAUGGAAACCUCGUUUACAUGAGAUUUUUUCCAUUUUCAAAAUUUCUGUUAGUUUCAAAUUUGGUAUCAUUGUGCGUGAAAAAAUCGAAAAGUGUAUGAUUUAAUCCAGAAAACGUUUACCGUAACCUUAACUAAAAGAGGAUCUCAAACUGAACUAGUAUCGUAAUAAGUGAUAAAAUAAGCUCGAAACUAACAGUGAUAAAUUGAGUUAACACAAUCACCAGAAUUCUAUGCUAAGGAGGUUCUUAGGUGAAGAAAUUGUUUGAUCACUGAAUUAUCAUUCUAAUGAUCUUAAAACAAAGAUUCAUCAUGUUUCUGGCAAUGAAAUUUGGUAAAGUGUAAUCAAAGUUGUGAAAUGUUUCAUAUGCUGGUACAAAAACCUUUUUUAAAGUAAAGUAUAUAUAAAUGGUGCUUAAACUAGUACAAAAGUUUUUACCACAGUAAGGUAGUUUGAUGAGAAAAAUAGAUGUAAGCUGUUGUAGAAUGUUUUCUGAAGAGAUCUGUUUGUAGUGCCAAGUAUCCAGUUUAUGGUUUGAAAUCUACAUAUGUUUUUCUUUUAUUGGAUGCAUAUUGGCACAGUCUAGGAGGCAUAUUGCAAGGCACAUACUGCCAAAAGAGUGCUAUAAGAAAGCAUAAGAGAGAAAAGCAUAUUAUAUGAAUUAAACCAUGAAAGUUUUGAAAGUUUUCCAGUCCGUAGCCUCAGGUGUAAGGGCUGAAAGCUAUUAGCAAAACCUUUCUCCAGAUCUCAAGAAAUCAAGCUAUUUUUUCAACAAAGCACUGGUCUGGCAGUCAUCUUCCGAUCUAUUUCAUGGUCUACUUGCCCACUCCUUCUUUAUCAUUAGCAAAUAAUUGUCAUUUUCACAGAUGGCUCUUAUUCAUUCUAAAAAAAUGCUCCAAACAAACUUUGAGGUAUUUUCUGCAUGCAUUCUAGCAAAUUGGCUGCCCAAUUUAGGUCACGAGUACACUGCAUUUGAAGCUAUUUGCUCAGUCCAGGAAGACAUUUCUUCCUUAACUUUCUUCCCUUCUACCGCCAUUUCAGUGACUCACAUCAGUGCUCACAUGGCAGGUAAUUUUUUUUGGCGCUACUCGAAUACCAACGCAGAGGUCCCGAAACAAAAGGCUGCACUCCACAGUGCGGAGUAACUACUGUCGUGUAAACAGGGGCCCUAUCUGGUAUUAAACCAAUCCGAUAAGGUGCAGCGAAUCCGAUAUAAAAUGAAAGCGUGUACAUAAUUUAUAGGCUUGAUAGGCUGCAUUUUCACGAUACUGUAUCGUGUAAACGCAGCCUAAAUGUAGAAUGAAUUGAUAGAAGUUCAGCCACUUACCUUCUUCAUUGCAUCUAAUUCCUUGGAAGUUGUAGGCACAUUGGCACUCAAAAUGAGGGAGAAUGUCGAGAUUUUUACAAGUAGAAUUGCCUUUGCAUGGAUUAGUGUUACAGGGUUGCUGCAAAAGAAGGAUUGUUUUGUCAAGCUUAACAGUUCUGGCUUGGCUGCAACUGCUGCGUACAGUAUAUAUCUGAGCACAAUGCAAUUCUAUGGAGAAAGAUAAAAUGAGCCAUGUUCAGACGCUCUCAAAACCUUUUUUGAUUAAUGCUGGAUGUUAUCAUUCAAUAGAGUUUUGUAAGCGUUUAAGCAUGGCUUUAGAACUUUAGGACUCAAAGACCGAAAUUAUGUUUACCUUGAGUUGACAAGUCGGCAGCUAAAUUGCGCAAAGGAAAGAUGUGAGCUCAGUUGUAUUGCAAAUGUAAUAUUUUGAGAAUGAAAUGGAUAUAGUUAUGUAAACUAUAGGUAAACUAUAGAGUAGCUUUUUUAAAUGAAAAUUUUGUUUAAUUAAGAGACCAUAUACUUUACCAUCAAACUUGAAACAGCGGCUGUAGUACUAUCGUCUUUCUCCAUCGCCAACUCUUCAAUGGCAAGUCCAGCUAGAGGCUUUCCAUAAGCUUGACAUUGGUUGUCCGCUAUGUAGAAUACACUGCCGAUGCAGCCUUGAGUCUGUAGGCAGACACAAUGACACUUCAUGAUGUUGUUUGCAUGUUUUUGCCUGAUCAGACGCGUUCGUGGAUCGAGCACUUUCUUGUGUGAAUAGUACACAGCGAGUACCUCUGAUCCGGCACAAGACUGGCUUGAAAGUAUUAAGCAGACAAGCACCGGCCAAUUUUGCUAAGUUAAUAGACAACCUCACUGCAGAAAGUGAUAGGCCUAGAAAUGAACAUAAAGGAGUGAAUGUCGUUCCGUUUUCUUCCUUUUUAUCAGAUGGUUGCAUUUUAGAUUAGUUGAAAUAGAAAAGCAUGGUUCAUAGAUAGUUUUUUUGUAGCUAAACGUAACUGAUUUUUAUCAGUUGCGUCUUCGUCAAGCCGAAUGUUUUCUAUUAAAAGUGAGUUUUCUGCUGGAGCCACGAGAGUCUAUCAUGCGCCGUAGAACAUCUCCUGGCACCCCAGAAACAUUUCCAAUAAAGUUAUUACUUUUUUGGCAGAACAUCGGCAGAGCUGUCUCCUUACAAUGCGUUUUUCGUAAAGGCUUUAUUUGAAAUCCUUUUGCUAAUUAAGAGAGAAAACAGGGGAUAAUUUUUUAGAAACCUCUUAGUAAAUAAAGCCUCUCUUCAAUUUUACAGUCUCGUAAAGGUUUUUACAGACAAAUACUGAAAUAUUGAAGAACUUCAUGAAGAGCUUUUUUGCGCCUAUUAAGAAGAGUUUUCAAAUUGUAUAUAUGUUGUAGAAAGGCAGGCGUUCGUGGAGGUUCAUUGAGAUGCUAUGUGUAUUCCACAAUUUGAAUUCUGACUACUUUUGGUAUAUCGAACGCACCACACCUAAAUCCCCAGCAGAUAACACAGCAAGAAACAACACAGGUUCUGAGGUGAUGUGUUAAACGUGGUUCGCUAAAGAAAAAUGUUAGCAAUUAACAUACAUGAAGAUUAUAAGUUGAGAAUACGACAAGAAGCUUAAUAUUUCAAUAUAAUGAAAAAGAAUAAUUAUAAAAGGUUAAUUAAUGUUAGCAGAAGAUAGAACUACGUAGAAACCCAACUAGACUACAAAAUGUUAAGUAUGAGCUACUUAUAAAUAAAGUGAAAGAUAACUACAUAAUAAUACAUACAACUUACAAUCUAUUAGUCCUUGUAGCCAUAAAAAUUUUGCACGACGGCCAAACACAGCAUGUAGAAACUACCAGGCCAAAAACUGCAUGUAAACGAUAGAAAACUGCCCCCAACACAGCGCAAUGCAAGGUUAGUCAAUAACCACCCAAAACGUGGGGUGGAAAUCCUUUAUAGCUACCGGAAGUAAACGAGGAAAAGCAAGAACACGCAAAAAUGGAAAUACCAAAUAUGGGCUAAUGAAACGUAUACUAAGAGGCGUAAAGAAAACAAUGCAAUGUAAAAACGAGGCUAGAUGAAAAUAGCUUAACUACAACGACCAAGGGCUAUUCGCACUAACACUAUGUAUCAAAUUUAGUAUGGACAUCUUUAACACAUCAAUUGAUCGUCUAAAGCAUAGCUCAGGUAUCAGGUACUUUGAUCAAAAUGAACAUAAAAGGAUCACACAAACUUAUCUACUUUGACGAUUUUCUUUUGUCGCAUUCGACUUUUUUCCGGAAAGCCCAAUAGAGGUUUUCAGUUGCUUAAAAAGAUGAGCUUGGUUGAAACUCGCGAUGUAGUCACGCCCAUUUCUUCGGCUGUAUUUAUUUCUCGCAAACACAACGAAACGAAUCCUCAAGAAAAACAUUUUCGGAUACUGUAAAGGACCUGUUUGCUGAAAGCAACAGGAAAGGAAGGGUACUUCAAGACAGACCCAAAAUUUGCAGGGUUUAAAGUAAAUUUUUUUGCAAGGCUAUUGUCAGUGACUUUGAUGAUUAUGUGUUUGAUUGCUGAUUUUCUCUAUUGAUUAUAUGAUUAGCAACGAUUAAUGCUGUGAUUAAUAGUUUAACUCUUGGAGGUUACAUUAUUGAAGACAAUUGCUGGAAAAUGAUUGAUUGGAAUGUUCCAAAAUAUGACUUUGGAUCUCAAGCUUUGGAUCUUAUUUGAAUAAACACUGAGCUUAUCAGUUCAGUCUGGCUUGUUGGAGAGCUGACUGGUCUUUUUGUCGAAAAAAUGGCUGACAAUGAAGAGCCCCAAGAGAUUCAAAACCACAUGGAGCCACUGAGGGAAACUGAAGACAUGGGAAUGCUUUUGUACAAGAGGGGGAAAGAGCAAGAAAAGCAAUUAGCUGAAACGGUGAGAAGAGAGAAGGAAACGAGGAAGCAAUUGGGGAAAGCGAGAGAGAGAUACCAAGCGGCAAUGGCGAAGGUCAGUCACAUAUUGCCCAAGAAAUCUGCACUGACGGAGCAAAUAUUUCACAGAGAGGAAAAACUGAAGCAGAUGAAUGAUAAAAUACUGAAAAUUGAUAGAUUUAUCGAUAACUGCAAAUUGUUUUUAGCAAAGGGAAAUGUUUAUGAGAAUAAAGUGAGAGAAACACAAGACAAAAUAAAUGAGGUUAUUGUGAAGGAGCGCGAUAACGAGCAAAAGCUUGUCGUUGUUUAUCGCCGGAAAGAUAACCUGGAGCGGCUGAUUUCGCGUCUGCGCGAGAAACACAACGACGCAAAGGCAAGGUACACAAGCAAAUUAGCGCAGCAUCGUGAGGCAAUUGCGUUUCAGCAAGAAGUGCGCAACAAUAUAAAGGCAAGUAUCGACAGAGCGAAACAGGCCUACGAGAAGUCAAUCGAAAUUGCACCGAAAAUAUUGGAACUGCAAAAGAAAGUUCGGCUCUUUGGGGCAUCUGUACACGGUCUAGAAUUUAAAAUCAACAUUAAGGAAGAUGAAUUGAAGAAGAUUAGAAAAGAGACGGAGCUGAAGAAACAAGAGCACGAGCGAUUGAAGUUGGAGCAGAUGGCACGUUUGGACCGAAAGAUGCGUAAACUGAAAUUCAAGUAAAUUGCUGGAUUUGGUCAACUAGCAAUUUUUGGUUACGCCUAAAAGUUGGUUAUUUAUAAUGGCAAAUAAUUCAUUCAAACAGAACAAUAAAAAAGCUAGAGCUCGUUAAAACUUUGAUAACAUUGAUGUUUCGAGUGAAUUUACUUUUGUAGACUAUAAAAAGGCAUAAAAAAUUGCACCCCAACACUUAUAUUGCCAAAUAUUCAUAUUGUGAUGUCACUGGCCAAUUUGUGAUGAAUAUUUAGAUAGGGGUGACAAUUCGAAGUUAAUUUUGCUGGAUUUUUUGGCUCCGUAAAUCCCCAUACAUUUUUUGGCUCCGUAAUUUUUUGGCCCUACCUUAAGUAAGUUAACAUAUGCUCAAUUUUGAAGCAAUUUCUUUAUCUUUAUUUAUUUGAAAUACAUAAGAGGUUUUUCCCAAAAGACUGCCUACGUUGUCAAAUAUUCCCGGAUCUUGAGAGAGCCAACCUAAUUUGAUGCAAUGCAUUGAAGAAGAAAAAAGAAAAUCUACAUGCAAAUGAAAAAUAAAAAAAAAGUCAAAGUAAGUUUUUUUUCUCCAGAUUAGAAAUACUUUGCCGAAAGCAAAUACCAUGAUAAAACUACUGUAAGUCUUAACGUGUCAAACUGUAGUGAAAUCAGUUGAGCGGGUUCAGAUGGUGGGCCAUUUUUUUUAAAAAACACAAUUGGCCUGUUUUGCUAAGUUAAUUCAUAACUUUUAUUCUACAGAUUUAGCGUGCGAAGUCACGACGAAGUUAAAAAGCACUGUAUGUUGAUGAUCUAAUGCCUACUUAGAUGUAUUCUAAAAACAUUCUUUCAUUGUAUAUUUCAAUCCACAGUUAAUGUCAUCUUGA